AUGCCUGGAAUUAAUAAAAUGGGAAGACAAAAGAUUGGUCGAAAAAGAGAUCUUGUAUUGAGGAUAUCAUCAGAUCUGAAAUUCAGCAGUGGAGAAGCCAGAAAGACUUAUAAAACUGAUAAGGAAACAAAGUGGCUUGUAGAAAGUG